AUGGCUCAUAUUAGUGGAUAUAGCAAUCUUGAUAUCCAUUAUAGAAAAGGUCAAGACUCUGUUGAUCCUAAAACUGGUGUUUUAACCAUUGGUGAAAAAGACCGUCAAUAUGUCGACUAUCCAGAAUGGUUACCAACUUGGGAUCCAAAUGAAAAAUAUGAACCAUAUCCAGAGGAUUACAAUGAGAAUUUUGUUGAUAAAGGUCAUUUUGCUGAUCCUGAUUUCAAAUCUUUAUUCCCACCUUCUGAUAAAGAUUCAUUCAAAUUGAAAAAAAUUAGUCCAAAAUUAGGUACUGAAGUUAGAGGAGUUCAAUUAUCUCAAUUGAGUGAUCAAGCUAAAAAUGAUUUAGCAUUAUUUGUUGCACAACGUGGUGUUGUUGUUUUUAGAGAUCAAGAUCUAAAAGAUAAAGGUUUAGAAUUCAACAAAAAAUUUGGUGAAUAUUUCGGUCCAUUACAUGUUCAUCCAUCUUCAGGAGCACCAGCAAAUUAUCCACAAUUCCAUAUAACUUAUCGUCGUAAAGAUCCAAAUGAAUAUAAUAUUGUCCAUGCUAAAACAUUAUCAACAAAAGGAUGGCACUCAGAUGUCACAUUUGAGAAAUAUACCCCUUCAACUACAUUCUUUGCGGUUUUACAAGCCCCAACUGAUGAAUAUGGUAACACAAGUGGUGGUGAUACUUUAUUCAGUGAUGCAGAAGAAGCUUAUAAUAGAUUAUCCCCAACUUUUAAAAAAAUGAUUAAAGGUUUAAAAGCUGUUCAUUCCUCUGUGGAGCAAGCAUCUCAAUCAAGACAAGCUGGUGGUAUUGAAAGAAGACCUCCUUCCACAAAUGUUCAUCCAUUAGUUAGGGUCCAUCCAGUCACAAGGAAAAAAUCACUAUUCGUUUCAAGAGCUUUUAUUCAACAUAUUGAAGGUUUGAAGAAUGAAGAGAGUGACGCAAUUUUGAAAUUAUUAAGUGAUCAUGUUAAUAAUUCUGUGGAUUUGCAAAUAAGAGCAAAUUAUGAACCUGGUACAGUUGUUGUAUGGGAUAAUCGUCGUGUCUUGCAUUCUGCUUCUUUUGAUUGGGAUUCUGGUGAUGUUCGUCAUUGUUAUAGAAUUACUCCAAUGGCUGAAUUACCAAUUGGUGAUGAUGAUGAGGAGGAAAAUUAA